GAACGAUUUUCCCCAAGAUUUUCCCUGAUCAGCGAUCAGUCCGCGAGAGUGCGUCGUCGAGCGAGGAGGCCCCAAGAACCCAAAAAUAAUAAAAUAUAUAUAAAGACGGAAAACCGGGAAUAGUGUGUGUGUGUGUGUGUGUUAUUGUGUGUGUGUGCGUAUAGCCAAGUGAAAGUGUGCAAGUUAUUUAUAGAGCGCUUGCACAUAUAGACGCACAUACAAAGCGUAUAUGCUUUAUCGAGAAAAGUUCACAUACACACAUCGUUGAUCAUAGUAUAUAGAGGCAGAGGCAGAGGCAGUUGCAUCAACGAAACUCGACAGAAUGACGGACGUGCCGGAGCCCGUGCGCAAGUGCGCCACUUUGUUGAAGGGCACACGCAGCGAUACUGAAAAGUUUGCGGCCCUGUUCAUGGUCACGAAGCUGAUGAAGGGCAAGGACUGCAAUACGGCGGGCAAGCAGCUGCUCUUCGAGGCAAUUGGAUUUCCGUUUCUGCGCAAGCUGCUCGUCUCCAAGGAGCUGCCCAGCGAUUGCCCUCCACUCGUCUACAAGAGUGUCGCCCUAUCGAUUUUGACUGGCUUCUGCCAGGAGGAGGAACUGGCCACGCACAAGGAUAUUAUCGGUGCCAUACCCACACUGCUUGAGAUUGUGGAGCAGGCUGAUGACGAGGACUACGAGGAUAAUCUGAUUGUGGUGAGCGAGUCGUACAGUUGCCUCAAGAGCAUUGCCAGCUAUGAGCCGGGUCAGCAGGCACUCCUGGCGACCGGAGCCAUACCGAAGAUGUCGCAAAUCUAUUCGGCGCAGAGUUUCCAAACGGAUGAGGCUCUACAUCUGAUUGUGCUGUUGGUGAAGAAGUUUGGCGUGGCCUCUUGGCCGGAAGAUCCCACAGCCUUCCAUGCGCUCAUCCAGCGCAUUGCCCUCGACAUGGAAACUGAUCACACGGAACGCAAAUACGAACUGUGUCGCAUUCUCGCCGAUAUCCUGGUCACCUGUAGGCGCGAGAUUGUGGUCAACUCGCUGGAGGGCCAAAUCUGGCCGGAGAGCCUCUUCAAGGGCUGCGGCGACAUACUGAAGGCCAAGAUUGGGCCCAAACAGCGUGAUCCGGCACUGCAUUUGAUUGCCAACACGCUGCAGGUGCUCGGCAUGCAGUGGGUCUUCAUGGACGAGCAGAAGCAGUUCUUCCUUAUGCUGCUCCAGCUGGCGGCCAUCGAGGUGCGCAUGCAGAUGGACGAGAAGAAGCUGGAGACGACCUUCAAGCAGGCAGACUUGCUCACCUGCUGCUUUGUCAUACUCGAACAGUGUAUCGAGUAUAUGGCCACCGAUCAGUUGGAUCUGGAACCGAAGGAGAAGCAGACCACGUACACGGCGCUCAAGGGUGCGUUCAAUCAGGUGCUCGCUGUGCUGACUCGUGUCAGCCAGGACAAGAUCAAGGACAAUGGCACUGCACGCGAUAAGUCCUUCAUCGUUGCCCAGGUGCGCAUCCUUUCCGCCUGGCUGGCACAGGAGACGACAGCCAUGCGUCCGGCAAUCUACAAGCUGUUGCCCUUCAUGCUCAAGAUUGGCAACGAUAGCUUCCACGAGUUGAAGACUUGGCGUGCCGGGUCCCGUGAGGGUGCUCGUCCAGUGGAUGUGUUGCGUGUGAUGAUGCCUGCCCUAUGCCACUUUGCCGUGGAGGAUGAGGGACGCCGGGUGCUCUUCACGCAUAAGCAGGACGAGGUGCUGCUGGAGUCCAUUGAGCUGUACUUCAGCAUUGCCCACUGGAAGCGUCCGCCCAUCCCACGUGCGGAGCGACUGAAGCGCAUGAAUGAACCGGAUCCAGUACCGACUCCAGAGCAGCAGGCGGAAAUGAAGGAGGCACGUGCAGCAAUUGUUGCCCUGUGCAACAUUCUGAUGAAUUUUACGGUGCUGGAACCCAAACGUGCCGAGGAUGCGCCCACUUUUGUCAAUCUGCUCAAGUUUGUGGUGGAGAAUCUGCCCGAGCUGAAAGAUACGCCCGAUAACCUGGUCAUUCAUGGCAAUCUGUCUGUGCUGGGCCUGCUGCUGCUCAAGCAGCAGUCCAAGAAGGUCAAGCAGAACGAUUUCUCCAUUUGCCGUUACAUUCAGGCGACAAUUCGAUUCCUCUGGGAUGCCUACAACAUCGAUGAGAGCAACGAUCCCACGGCUCUGGUUGUCUCGAUUGCCUACAAGGGCUUCUGGUCGGACAUCUCUGAAUUGUGGUUCCUCGGCAUGCAGACCAUGUGCGGCGUUCUGCCCCUGGUACCGUGGAUAUCCGAAUUCGCUCUCGAAUCCGGCUGGGCCGAGGGCAUUGUGAAGACACUCAAGAAGGUGAAGAUCGGUACACUCCCAGCGAAUGUGAAGUCGGCAUAUGAGGAUUUCUUGUCCCAGCUGGUGGACAUCAAUGCCGAUGUUGUCGCUGUGCUGAAGAAGAAUGAUGCUUUGCGCGUCUGCCGCAAUCACAGGAUGAUGGAUCUGGGCAAGAAGCUCUUUGGCGAUUAGAACUACUACAGCUAUAGAGAUUUAUACUUUAGGAAACGUUUCCUCAACUAUUUUUGUAUGAGCUUUUGUUUUUUUAUAUAUAUAUUAUACAUACAUACAUUUUAUUCGGUGUAUUCUCUCUCUCUCUCUCUCUCUCUCUGUCUCUCAUUCUCUCUCAAUAAUGAUCUGUCACUUUCUAUUUGCGUGUGUGUGUGUGCUUGUGUGUGUUGGCGUGAUGUCACGCAUUUUAUUUGAUAUACCACAAAAUGUGCUUGCCGAAAAUGAAGCAAACUGGAACUACUUAUUUUGAAUGCACUUUCAUGCCGUACUCACAACUAUUUUAAUAAUUUAAAAUCACUUAAGAUGAAAAUAAAUGUGAAGCAAUACAAAUAAGAUGACUAAAAACGAGAAUUACAAUAAAUUUCACUUUCAAAACAA